AGCAUUUGAAGGAAGCAAACACACAACCAUCAUUCUUCCAUUACAAUUCACAAAGUGUAUUAACCAAAGAAAACUCUCACUCCACAAAUAGAUGAUAGUGACACCCUCUUAGCCAUGGUUCUAGGUGCCAGUAUGGUGUUUCCUGAAGUUCUUAAUGCUGCUAUUGAACUCAACCUUUUUGAAAUCAUUGCUAAAGAAAGCAUUGAUGGAUUCAUGUCAACCUUCAAAAUUGCUACGAAGUUACCGGCUCAACACUCUGACUUGCCAAAUGGGCGCGAAAGUAUGUUGCGCAUGCUUGCUAGCUACAAUCUUCUUUCUGUUUCCACUCGCGCCAAUGACGAUGGUAGCACUAUGAGAGUUUAUGGAAUCACAUCUUCUGGAAAAUACUUUGUUGAUGAUGAAAAUGAUGGUGGUUAUUUGGGCUCUUUCACAUCAUUUAUGUGCCAUGCGCUUUGUUAGGGGUGUGGUAAACGUUUCUAUUUUGCUUUAGAGCCGUCUUAAAUUUUUGAGAAUUCAGAAAAAAAAACUAAUUUAGUCAUAUUCAACCGUGACAAAACAUAAAAACCCUAAUUUACUACGGUUUAACUGUCGCAAAUUUAAUGCCCCAUGUCCUAACUCACCUUACACUUUAAUAACCGAUUUUCCGAUACUUAAAAAUAUACUUAUAUACAUAUUGGUAAUGUAGGUUGAAUUUUAAGGAAGCGGUACUUGAUCCAGAGAUUGAUCAACAAAUAAACAAACUAUUCAACAAAUCAAUGACUGAUACAUGCAAUGUUCACAUUAAAAUUUAAAAGAGUGCUUGACAUAUGCAAAGGAUUUGAAGGAGUAUCAACUUUGGUUGAUGUUGGAGGUGGCAAUGGACAAAGUCUCAAAUUGAUUAUAGAAAAAUAUCCAUAUGUAAAGUCACACAUUGAAUUUUAGAGUAUGAACUUUCUUGUGUUCCUCUAAUUUGUGUCUUAGUUUUGAAAGUGGCACCUCUUGCAAUUGAGAACUUGUUCCAUUGCAUAAUUCCAAAAUAAGGCCAUUUCUUUUUCUUUCACAGUUGAUUUUUCCUUUGUUUUCAUGUAUUGUGUUUUUCAGUU